AUGGCAGAUCUCUUCAACAAACACAUCAAAAAGGCCACGUCAAGGACAAAAGAGAAGCUACUAGAGGGGAUUGGGAAGGCCAAGGCUACACAAGAUGAAACAUUCGACAACCAUGCUGCCAACCUCGUGAAGCAAAGUAAAUCAUGUGAACGGCUUUUCAAGGAUGUAAAAGCAUAUUCCACUGCCAUGAAGGCGCUUUGUCAAGCUGAAAAAGCUCUUCACGACACGAUCAGGGAGUCAUAUGAACCGGAAUGGCCAGAACGAGAACAACUGACAGCUCUCCUUGAUAAUCUUGAAAUCCAAUCAAACGAAAUGGAGAAAGUGUUGUGUGAAGAUCUCCCACAAACGGUUUACAAUUAUGUUUCCCAGUUUCCUGAAUUGAAGAAAAAGAUUCCAGAUUAUAAUUAUAUUUGCUCUCAUUCGUUGAUUAUGAAAGCAGUGACACAGUCGCUAACAGUUGACAAACGAGGAAGGAAACUGGUUGACUACGAUCACGCAAAGCACACGUACAGCUCUGCUAAAGCUUCAAGUAAAAAGGGUGAAACAGAUCCAAAAGUGGCCAAAGCUUACACGGAGCUUCAACAAGCAGAGGCGUUCUACAAGGAGAUCAAUAACGAAUUAUUGGAGAUACUUCCAGCGACAUAUGAUAGUCGCAUUACAUUUUACGUUGACACGUUGCAAUCAUUGUUUAACUCUCGGAGUAUAUAUCAAACGGAGUGUUCUAAGCUUAACAAACAAAUUGUUUCUCAAUUGGAUCGUCUCGGUGAAUCUAUGGAUUUCCUUCGAGUUCCACGGCCAGAGCCUCGCCCUUCAACGCCAACUGAUAGUGCAGCAGACGUAGGAUCACAUAGAUCUACUCCUUCUCCGGCUCCAGCCCCGCCACCAGCUACCCCUGCUUCCUUAGCAGAUUCCGCUUCCGGUCAAAUGCCGCCUGCUAACAAUCCGUUCGAUGAAGAUAAUGUAGAGGAAACAUUUGAGCAGAAAAUAUAUCCGGUUCGUUAG